AUGAGUCCGGGCGCAUUGCAGUGUUUCAACUGCAAAACCCUCCCAGUCUGUCACGAGACUGGGCCCGAGCAAGGUCCCCAUCCGUGCAAAGCAACGGAUGCAGGGAUGGAGCCGAGGAACCAAAGGGGAAGUGGCCCACUCAGUGCUCCCAAGAUUACACGAGGGAUCCCACGGCAUGCGCGCGCGGACAUGGAGGGCUUGGGACCAUGCUCUGAUCCGCGCGCCAAGAUCCUCAGCGGAGUUGAAACCCUGCCAAUCCCACACACCGAUGCCCUUAAUCAUAUGAUCUCCUCCCUGUGA